CUGGGAACAAGCUGAAUUCACUGAAUGAAUUUUUAAAUUCAUAAAUUCAUAAGAUUCGAGUCAUUGGGACAACUCAAAGUCCCUAUACAAUUAGAUUAAGAACAACUGCGUAAUUGAAUAUAAACCUUAAAAUGCGUCUAAAUGAACUCUCCCACUUCCUGCUUCAUGUGAACCACGACAAUGCUAGAGAGUAAGCAUAUAGGGAUAAUUGUUCUAUUAGGUAUAUGCGUUACAAGCGCCAUUCGUAAUUUAAAAGAACAGCCGAUGAUAGGGCCAGAUUCUAGACAGUACAAAAUCAAAUCUUUACUGAAUGAGGAUCCUACAGAUGAUUUUACAGACGUGACCUCGAGCAGAUCUGCACCUGUGCAGGUGCUUUGCACUGAGCAAAGCAUGAUUUUGCUCAUCAGCGCGGACUUUCAAUCCAACGGCCGUCGCGUCACUUCUGAAGAAUUGAGCCUCGGUUGGUCUACCGAGAGCUGCAAAGCCUCUCAGUACAGUGAUACUGAAUAUGUGAUUAAAGCAGAUUUACACCAGUGCGGCUCAGAGUUAUCGAUUGAUGGAGAUCAUUUGGUUUAUUCAAACCGGUUGAUCUACACCCCAAUGCAAAACAGCUUUGGUAUUGUUAGGACAAGCGGCAUUUCUAUUCCUAUUGAAUGUCACUACAAGAGGAUUCACUUCGUAAGCAGUAUUGAUGUGAAGCCUUCCUGGGAGCCACUUACAUCUACUAAAUCAUCUGUGGAAUUGAUAAGUUUUUCCUUUCGUCUUAUGAAUGAUGAUUGGAAGACUAAAAGGUCAUCCUAUGUGUACCACCUUGGGGAAGUGAUGAAUAUCCAAGCUUCUUUCUUAAUGGCUGGGCAUUCUCCAUUGAGAUUAGUAAUGGAUAAUUGUGUGGUCACCCUGGAGCCUAAUGCUGCAUCAGUGCCCCGCUACAUGUUCGUUCAGAACCAAGGAUGUCUUGUUGACUCUAAAGUGCCAGAUUCGAGUGCCCGUUUCAUGCCCAGAAAACAAAAUCAUGUGCUUCAGAUGCAGAUGGAUGCUUUCUGUUUCCAUGAAGACCACCGGAAUGCUAUGUAUAUUACAUGCCAGCUGAAAAUUGUUGAUCUGGAGAUGAAUAUCAUGAACAAGGCCUGUACAUAUUCUAUAAACAGGUGGCUCAGUGUGGAUGGUCGGGAUGAGGUUUGUGAAUGCUGUGAAAAUACUUGUGAUGUCAUCAGCCAGAAACAAACUGGCAUAUGGAGUGGACUACCAAAGUGGUCAGUCAGCAGAGGAAGUAGAGGAGGACAUAGUCUCAGCCUUAGACGUCACACCCACGGACCGUUGGCUGAACGUCUGAUGCAUAUGGCACACAAAAUUGGAAACACUUCAGGAGUUUUGAAGUCGUCAUCGGAUUGGUUGAAUAAUUAUACAGGAUUUCCGGGUGUGUGUCGCGUUCUUUAACAUUCUGUCUGGAAACAAAGAUGCCGUGAUGCCAAACCCUCUCAUGGAAGAAGAAAGCCAUCGUGUUCACAACUGUGACAAUGAGCGCUUGUCAGGAUCAAGUAAGAUGUUUAGUUUAGUCAAGAUAUGUAAAGUUUGUGGCAUACUCUUUAAAAUACGUCUGAGUUUUACUCCGGUCUGCUAUUGUGGGGACAUUUCCACGGCCCUAAACAUGACGUGGCACCAAAUUAAACCUGAUUUAAGGUUUAAUUAACAAAUUAAACCUUGCUUUACCUGUCAAAUGGACACUUGGGCAUUCCUUGGACAUUGAAAACGGCUAAGGUUUCCAGACCUGCCAUCAGUCUGAAGGUCUGGAUACGCGAGACUAAGGAAGACACACCUCUUCCUCAUAUACUUUGCUUAUCCACAACCAUAAACCUUGGAAAGUACUA